AUGAUCUCCCGAGUGCCCUCCCAGCUCAGCACCGCUGUCCGGGCAGAAGGCUUGGCCAGCCUGUCCCGCUCAAGGACUCCCGAGUGCCCCUCCCAGCUCAGCACCGCCGUCCGGGCAGAAGGGUCCCCCGCUGUGGCCGAGCCCUGGACUGCCCCGGCCGGCGGGGGGGGGGGGGCUCCUGUCCUGGGGGCGGGGCCGGCAGAGCUCCGUGACGCCAAAAAGCCCCGCGGUGACGUCAGGCGGCCGGCGGGGGUCCCGGGCGGGGGCGGAGUGUGGCCAGGAGCGGGAAGCCAGCCCCCAGCGCCCCCGGCCACACGCUCCCUCGCCGCCGGCAUGGGCAAGAGGAAAGGAACCUGGAGAAAAUUUUUUUGCUGUGCUGGCCCACCAGAAACUCAGUCUUCAACUCACAUUAAUAUCAGUGGAUCUGAUCACGUGAAACCUCUGCUGGAGCCAGAGCUAGAGCAGGAAGAUGAAGACUUGUACAUUGAGGCUGAAAUGCAAACGUCUAACGUGGAAAUCCCAGAAGGAAAUCGGUGGCGGUGGUCGCGACUGCAUCAUGAAGUUGAGGUGCAAACAUCUCUUGCCACAUUGCCUGUUGAGGAGAUCGAGUCAGACACAGAGAUGGAUGCUCAGAUGCAAACCUCGUUUCUGAGUUUACCAAGGGAAGUUGAGGCUGAGGCACAAACUUCCUUUCUACCCUUACAGAGUCCAGCCCCAUUUGAAACUGAGGCCCAAGUACGAGCUUCAUUGACAAAACUGUUAAGAGAAUCAAGUGUUGAAGCUCAAGUGCAGACAUCACUUUUUUCUUUGCCUGGAGAAAGGGAGGCCCAGGUGCAGACAUCACUUUUUUCUUUGCCUGGAGAAAGGGGGGCCCAGGUGCAAACCUCAUUUUUUCCCUUCCCUGAAAGACAGUCUGUAAUCUCAAUCCAGGUACCGCCAUCCUAUAUAGAAGUAUUAGAAAAAAUAGCUUCUUUACCAAUGUUAGCUGAGGCCCAGGUACAGACUUCAAAUCUUGAAAUGUCUCCUUCAGAAACAGAUGUCCAAAUACAGACUUCAUUUUCAGAUUAUAUAUCUGAAAAGGAAGAGACAUCAUCCAUUGAAGCUGAGCAACGAAGCAACAAAUCACCUUCUCAGUAUUCAGAGAUGGACUACAACACAUCAUAUCCUGUAUACAUCAGUGCUGAGGCACAAACAUUACCUGUGGAAAUACCCCCUGGAAACGACUGGCGUUCUGCCCGACUAAAAGCUGCUGCCCAAGUACAAACAUCAAAUAUUUUGCUGGAAAAUCCAGCUUCCCUAACUGAAGGUGAGAUGCGAGUGCAACUUUCAAAGGUCAAGCUAGAAAAAUCAGAGAUGCUGGUGGAGGAGUUGGGGGCCCCUCUUGCCACGACAGAGAAGUUUUAUCCAUCCCAACUGACUGAAAUUGGCAAACAGAUGUCUGGCGCUGAGAUUCUGGAAGAGGAGAAGCGGAGUUUGUCACAGCACUCUAAUGUGCAGGUCCAGCCAAUAACUCUUGAACUCCUCAAGAAGCUUUCUUUGCUAUCCCAGAUUGAGAUGCUGGAAUCGACUUCCCGCACUGAAUUGCUGAAGAAGGUUUCCUCGCUGUCAGUGACUGAGCCGCACGUGCAAACUCCGAGUUACGAAUUACAGAGGAAACCUUCUUGUUUGUCAGAUUCUGCAACUCAAGGCCAGGUUCUAAGUGUUGAGCUUCUGAAACAGCGUCUUUCUUCAGCACCAGUUGUGGCAUCCUCAGAUCACGAGCCAGCAGGGAAGCUCCAGCUCCUGUUCCCUGCGGAAGACGUCCAGGCGCCAGCCUCUGACCUGGAACUCACGAAGAAGCUGCAUCCCUCCUCCUCCUCACACAUGGAGUCCCAGGGAAGGGCUUCAGAUGCUGAUCUGCGUAAGUACUCUUCCUUGUCUCUGAUUGAGGCCAUGGAUGGAAAUCAGGAGGAGAUAACAGAAGGGAGGGAGUAUCUUAUUACACCUCAACUACUGGAAGCUCAGAUCCGCAAGUGGUACCACGAAUUUCCAGAAAUGCAAACAGCCUCUCAGGCUCCAGUCCAAAGGGAACCUCUUUUAUCACCAACAGUUGACAGCGAGGUACAAACAUCAUCUAUUGAAACACCAGAGGGAAACAGAUGGCGGGCAUCACGCCUACAAGCUGAUGCUGGGAUGCAGACCUCGGGGUUUGAGUCCUCAGUGGAAGAAGUUAAAUCUGGCCAUCAGUUAUUGAACAAGAUGCAGUCACAAACUUCCCUGCUUGAAAUAUGGCAAGCAAGAGACUUAACUGAUGCCCAGGUAGAGACUUCUGGCUUGGGUUUAACCAGAACUAAGGUGGAAUCCCCUCCUCCAUUGGUAAUUGACAGUCAUGUACAGACAUCGUUGUUCAAUAUUUGGAAGGCAAACACAAAAGCUGAUGCUCAAACACAGACUUCAGUAACUGAGUUGCCAAAGCAGGCCCUCGAGUCUCCUCCCACUCAACAUAUUGAUAGACCAGCACAGACCUCCUUUCUUGAAAUAAGCGAAGCAAAAAAAGCAGACGGUGUGCAGCAGACGGCUUGUGCAUUCCCGGAGCCCAAAGAAGGGGAUUCUCCAUUGCAAACUGACCGGGAGGUGCAGAUGUCUUGUCCAGAUGUGAGGAAGGGAAAAGAAAAAACGGAUGUACUGGUACAAACUUCCUUACUUGGAAUCCCAAAUGCACAAGAAGAGCCUCUUUGGUCAUUGCAAACUGAUGCCGUGGUGCAGACCUCUGAUGUUGAAAUCCCUGUGGGAAGCAAGUGGCGUGCAUCACGGUUGCAUGCCGAUGCUCAGCUGCAGACCUCAAUGCUGGAUAUGAAAAAGGCAGAAUUAGAGCCCCCCCCACUAUCACAAAUGGACACCCAAGUGCAAACCUCCCUCCUUGAAGUAUGUGAGACGAAAGAUCCAAGGAAUGGUUGGGCCCAAACCUCUAGGAUGGAUAUGCCAAAAUCCUUGGAAGAACCUUGUCCCACCGGACAACCUGAAAAUGUAGUGCAAUCUUCCACAGCUGAAACAGCUGAACCUUCACCUCCAUCUCAAACCAACACUGAAGUACAAACCUCUCUCCUUGACUUAUGGAAGACGAAAGAUCCAAGGGAUGCUUGGGCCCAAACCUCUAGGAUGGAAAUGUCAAAAUCCUUGGAAGAACCUCGUCCCACCGGACAACCUGAAAAUGUAGUGCAAUCUUUUACAGCUGAAACAGCUGAACCUUCACCUCCAUAUCAAACCAACACAGAAGUACAAACCUCCCUCCUUGACUUAUGGAAGACAAAAGAUCCAAGGGAUGCUUGGGCCCAAACCUCUAGGAUGGAAAUGUCAAAAUCCUUGGAAGAACCUCGUCCCACCGGACAACCUGAAAAUGUAGUGCAAUCUUCCACAGCUGAAACAGCUGAACCUUCACCUCCAUCUCAAACCAACACUGAAGUACAAACCUCCCUCCUUGACUUAUGGAAGACGAAAGAUCCAAGGGAUGCUUGGGCCCAAACCUCUAGGAUGGAUAUGCCAAAAUCCUUGGAAGAACCUCGUCCCACCGGACAACCUGAAAAUGUAGUGCAAUCUUCUACAUCUGAAACAGCUGAACCUUCACCUCCAUCUCAAAUCAACACUGAAGUACAAACCUCCCUCCUUGACUUAUGGAAGACGAAAGAUCCAAGGGAUGUUUGGGCCCAAACCUCUAGGAUGGAUAUGCCAAAAUCCUUGGAAGAACCUUGUCCCCCCGCACAACCUGAAAAUGUAGUGCAGUCUUCUACAUCUGAAUCUUCGCCUCCAUCUCAAAUCAACACUAAAGUGCAAACCUCCCUCCUUGACAUGUGGAAGAUGAAAGAUCUGAGGGAUGGUUGGGCCCAAACCUCUAGGAUGGAUAUGCCAAAAUCCUUGGAAGAACCUCGUCCCACCGCACAACCUGAAAAUGUAGUGCAAUCUUCCACAGCUGAAACAGCUGAACCUUCACCUCCAUCUCAAAUCAACACUGAAGUACAAACCUCCCUCCUUGACUUAUGGAAGAUGAAAGAAGUAAACAGUUCUCUGGUCCAGACCUCUAGGAUGGAUAUGCCAAAAUCCUUGGAAGAACCUCGUCCCACCGCACAACCUGAAAAUAUAGUGCAGUCUUCUGCAUCUGAAACAGCGGAAUCUUCACCUCCAUCUCAAAUUAACACUGAAGUACAAACCUCCCUUCUUGACAUAUGGAAGACGAAAGAAGUAAGCAGUUCUCUGGCCCAAACCUCUCAAAUGGAUGCGUUGACAUCUGUUGAAGAAUCUUCUCUCCCCUUAGAGCCUGAAAAUGUAGUGCAGUCUCCUACAUUUGAGAUUGUUGAAUCUUCACCUCCAAGUCAAAUCGACACUGAGGUGCAAACUUCCUUCCUUGACAUAUGGAAGACAAAAUCAUUAAGCAAUUUUCUGGCCCAAACAUCUCAGACGGAUCUGUCGACAUCUGUGGAAGAAUCUCCUUUUUCCUCGCAACCUGAAAAUGUAGCGCAGUCGCCCACAGUGGAAACAGUUAAGUCUCCUCUCCCAUUCCAAGCUGACACUGAGGCACAAACCUCCUUUUUUGACAUAUGGAAGGCAAAAGAACUAAGUAAUGCCCAGAUGCAAACUUCUUGGCUGGAUUUGCCAAAAUCCAUGGAAAAACCACUCCUCCAACCACAGUCUGAAAGCCCAAUGCAAACAGCCACGUCUGAAUCUCCACCCCCAAAUCAAAUCAAACCUGAGAAGCAAAUCUCUUUGCUUGAAAUGUGGAAGGCGAGGGAGCUGGUGGAAAGCUCUGGAAUUCCAACCUCAAGCCCACCCUCAGCUGACAUCCAGGUGCAAAACGCACAGCUUGAUAUGCAGACCCCGGAAGAGCUGCCCUGUCCUCCGGUGCCAUCUUGCAAGAGUGAUUUGGCUGAUGCCAUUCUUCAAUUGUCUGUCCCAUCACGAACUGCCAGCCCCGUGCCCCUGGCCACACCCGCAGAUGUGGAAGCAGCUCUCCGUGCGCAGACAGAUCCUCAGCUGCCCACAUCUCUGCUUGAAGUGUGGACCAGCAGACAGGAAGCAGAAGUGCAAAUGCAAACUGACAACUUUGGCUUAUCCUUUGACAAAAAUUCACAUUUAUUUCCAGCAAUACUGGAGAGCCAAGAGAAGAUAGAACAAAUUUGCCAAGUGGAGGGAAUGUCAGAACCGCCCAUAUUUACUGAAGCGCAGGUCCAGACCUCCUUUGUGGAAAUCCCCAGGGGCAAGAAGUGGCGCUCGUCUCGCUUAUGCGCAGAGGCUCAGGUGCAAACUUCAUUUCCUGACCUCCGUUCAAAGGACAGGGUGCCAGCCUUGCAGAAGAUGGUCAGUGAUCACGUGUCAGCCAAAAGCUUACUCAAGCGGGCUCCAGAUUCAGAUGCCUGGCACGACCCAACGGAGAUUCCCCCGCCGGUGAUCGUUGAUGGCCACAAACACUACGAAAUCGAUGCUAUUCUGGAUUCUCGCUACGUUCGCAAACGUUUGCAAUAUUUGGUUUCCUGGGUGGGAUAUCCCUCGGGCCAUAAUCAAUGGGUGUAUGAAGAAAAUAUUGACGCCCCGCCCCCCUUUGAUUUCUACUUUCCAUAAGGCUUUCCCUCAUAAGCCGGGUGGGGAGGGGGCUUUCGUGGAGGAGGUGGAGUGUAAGGAUGGGGGUUAGUUUCUGCUCCUUCGUCAUGUCCUUGGCGCAUUCCACGUUCUGGGCUUUGUGUCCGGGAUGGUUACUGCCUUAACCUUGCUACUUUUAUCUUAUGUGUUUGAAACUUGUUUUCACCCUGUCGUGGGAAUUCUGCUUGGGAGUUUGGGGAGGGGCCGGAUUGUCCGUAAAAGCGACACCUUGAGCCCGGGAAAGUCAGAAUCUGCA